CUUAUCACUUGUACUUAUUGUAUAUGUACAUCAUAAUAGUGUGUCGUAUUGUGAUAUACCGUUUUUCAUUUUUCUUUUUUUAAUCUUAAUAGUUUUCAAAACCAACAAUAAGUGAGAAUAAAAUAGAACAACUUAGAACUUAUCUAACAAUAACUAACUUGUAAACAAUAUACAUACCUAAAUUGUCAUUUGUUUAAAAUUUACAAUAAUAUUAUUGUGGUAGCUCUAGUAACACGAAUAUCGCAAAAAAAAAACAUUCGACUGUGAACGAAUUAAUUAUCCGUUUCAUUGUUUUGAAAAUUAUUCGCUAUUUAUAAGAGGAAAUUUGUAGGUCAAAAAUAGUAUUUUGAUUAUCCUGCACCUAUCUAUCUCGAUAUUCACUCACUUUUUGGCUUUAAAAUACAUAAUUUAUUUUUAUUCUCAUUAUUUUCAAGACACGAUCUACAAAUACAAACUGUUUCAUAAACAUGGAAUAAAAAGUAUUAAUUACCUAUUCAUUGAUUAACUUAAAUAAUAUAAAUAACGUUGUUGUAAUAAAAUAAUAUGGGUAGAAGGCGACGUGAAUUUUUAAUUACCCUGAAAAGAGAAAAUGCAUCUAUUCCUUGGGGUUUUAGUGUUAUCGGUGGAGCUGACGUUAACGCGCCGAUUACAGUAACUCGAGUUGGAUUUGGAACGCCAGCAGCGAAUCAUUUGCAAAGGGGUGACAUAAUAACGAAAAUAAAUAAUUAUGAUUCUCGCGACAUCAGACAACAGGACGCACGGAAUUUGUUCAGAAAUUCGGAUAACGAAAUAAAAGUUGCCGUUCAGAGAGAACAUCAUCCUUAUUACGGAAGUGGCGAUUCUUCUUUACACAGUUCUAGAACGUACAGUCCUUUGCCAGCUUCUCCCCACUUAUCCCCAAAAAGCGGAAGCGAUUAUAUGAGAGGAGGAACAGCCCUAACCCCUACGCAAGGAGCGCCGUUUGAAGAAAUGAUUGAAUACGACAUGCAAUUUCUGCCUAACGGUAGAAACGCGCUGAAACAUAAUCGACACAACUUGGAUGUCCACGUAGACAGACAGCCUUAUCGUACUACGCCACUUGUUCUUCCUGGUGCAAAGAUAAAACGUGAACAGGCCCCGACCGAAUCCUAUUUGCGUCAUCAUCCUAAUCCAUCUGUAAGAGCCCCUCCAAUGCACCUAGAAACUGAAAAUAUUUUGAAAAAAAAGGUAGCAGAUUCGGUUUUGCAGAAAAUAAUUCCGGACGAAGAAAGAGGCAAGAUAGUUCACAAGCAGUUUAAUUCACCAAUAGGCCUCUACAGUGAAUCGGCAAUUGCGGACACGAUUCAAAAACAAACAGGCCUUCCGGCGAGGAGAAGAGCGGUUAAAUAUGAUCCCACGAAAAGUGAAAUUUACAAGGCAAUUCAAGAGGAACAACUUGGCGACAAAUACCAGGAAGUGACUGUACCUCCGCAUUCAAAAAUAUAUAUUCCGAAUAAGGUUGAUAUACCGAAGUUUCAGCAAGAAAGAACAAAAUAUGUUGGAGCCCGUAUGAUAAGAGAUGUGAAACGUCGAAACAUAGUAAAGGAAUAUGCUCCUACUCGUCUUCGAAUUAAUUCACUGCGAAAAAAUGAUAUCUUACCAGCAGAACUUCAAUGCAUUGCAGAUGAGGAGAUCGGAAAUCUUCCUAGAGAUUCUGCAGUUUUACGGCUUCAAGGGCGAUGUGUUGUAACUUCUAGGCCGCGAGGCGUUGCACAUCGAUGGAGGUUAAGUCGAAUAGUUUUUCGUGAUUUAGCUGACCACAAUAAAUUGUCUGGAAUACAAAGAGCAAUGUGGUAAUUAAAUAAAUGUUUAACGGUAUAGAAAUAUAACAACAUAAUAAGAAU